AUGGCGAACCUGGCCGCGCCGAUACCCUCACGGAAUGCUUCCUUCAAGCUAGCCCCCUCGAACAACACAUCUACCGCCCCCUCCACAGCGUCCUCGUCCGAGGACGACGACAAUGACAUCCCGCUACCGUUCCCCGAAGCGCUCCCGCGAUCCGACUUCCUGCGACCAGAUUUCGAGCCUGCGGCAUAUCUGUCCGCGCUACCGCAUCGUCAUCAAACGCUAGAAGAUCUUCGUGGAGACCUGCGUGAGCGAAGCACAUCCAUCAGCGCAGAGCUCCUGGAGCUCGUCAAUUCCAACUACACCGCGUUCCUAUCACUGGGCACCGAGCUUAAAGGCGGCGAUGACAAGGUGGAAGAUGUCAAGAUGGCGCUGAUGGGAUUCCGAAGAGCUGUCGAGGAUGUGCGGGGCAAGGUCACGGUCAAACGCGAAGAGACAGCCAAGCUGAGCAACGAACUUGGUGACGUGAGGAGCGCGGUGGAGCAGGGGCGGAAGAUGCUGGAACUGUCUGACCGGCUGUCAUCGCUGGAAGAGAGGCUGGCGUUGACAAGUCUCCCGGCAGGCGAGAGCGCGUCUGGGUGGGCCGACGACGACGACACCAGCGAAGACGACGACGUCGAAGCAGAGGAUGGCUUGGUGGGAAGUUCGCCGACGAAGCUAUCCAUCUCAGCGCGAGAAUGCCAACGAAUCUCAACCCUCAUGGAUAGCAUGGAUCGAGAGCACCCGUUCAUCAUGAAACAAGAGGAGCGGCUGGAAAGGUGUCGCAACACGCUGCUGCUCGAUUUAGGAACUGCAUUGAAAGAGGCAAAGGCCGCAGGGGUCAAGGGCCAUGGGCGGUUGAUGCAAUAUCUGGCAAUAUACCGAACGAUUGACGCCUCAGACGAAGCCGUCAAGGUGUUACAAAAGAAGUAA